AGUACAAAUGCAGAGAAGAGAAUGUAUGAAUGGUUGCUGUAUGAAUGGUUAAUAAUACGUUUACAAAAAAUGACUACUGAAUACAAACCUUUCAAGACGCCAAGAAGAAUCUGUGUUGAAACUAUGCUUCUUUAUAUAAUAGUGUACCAGUGCAGGUGGUGUGAGGGGGUGGUAGAGAGACGGGCCACCAUCAGAGUGAAAGUGGGAGACAGCAUCUCUUUUCCUGUCUCACCUGAAUCUGACCAAAGCUACAGUGUUGACUUACUUUUUAAUACAAUUAGAAUAGUUGUAUGGAGUCCUCAAACAGUAUUUCAAGUUCAUGAACAAUAUAACAAAAGGAUCAGUGUGAGUAUUAGUAAUGAUUCAUUAUGGCUGAACAAACUAAACCGAUCAGAUUCUGGCUUGUAUCAAGUUAAAAUUGAAUAUAUAUCUGGAGGACUAAAGGCACCAGAGAACACAUACUUUCACCUGCAGGUUUUUGAGCCCGUCUCUAAACCCAACAUCACAGCAGAGUGCCUGGGGAAUAAUGUCAGUCUCAGCUGCUUCAGUCAGGGGACUGAAGUGAUGUACAGCUGGGAAACUCUGCCCGCCUGUGGUAAUGACAGCUGUGUGCAGCUGGGCCAAACUAUUCACCUCCAGUUACACCCCCACCUUCCCUCCACAACAUACAUGUGCACCGCCCAUAACCCUGUCAGCAAUGCCUCCAGUGAUUCUACUGAUCUGGAAAAGUGCUUCACCUCAGGAUCACAAGGAAGAUGGAUUCCAGCCUUGUGUGCCUCAUCUAUUUUCAUUGUCUUCGGAGCACUAGUACUGCUGUACAUGAGGAAAAAGCUAACACAAUGUAAAAGGGAACCAAUUCAAGAGGCAGUCAUGGAGGAGGAGCCACCAUCUGCAAUGCCAUGCCAAAUAUAGGUGAGCAGGUCCUGUUCAGUUUAUCUCAGUAACAAAUGAUGGACCCUUUGCCCGGACUGAAUAUGCAAGCAUUAGGAAAGGCAAUGAGUAAUGUGAAGCAGUAUUCAAAUUAAAACAAUAACAACAAGCAUGCUUGAAAGAGAAGAUAUUUCAAGCUAUGUUAUUCUGUUGAACAAUCAGGUUUUCUAACUGUGGUGUGGUGUGAUUAAAUCAAAAAUACUUUUUUAUUGUAAAUCUUUUUUUUUUUUUUGUACAUUCCAGUGGAUUUGCAUUGUUUUAUAUGAAUAGACUUAUGUAGUGUAGUAGGGUGUAUAUUGUAAUGUGUCUGAAAGAGUUAAAGUAAUGACUACUUUGAAAGACGUUUCAUUUAGCUGAUUGUGUUCUGUUAUUUGUAUUUUGUAUCAUGCUCAUUUGGUGAAAAUGAGUGAAAACGAGUUACAUUUUAUAUAUUUUAAUUUUUUUUACAUAAAGCAUACUACAUAGUUAUAGACUAAAUGAUAUUGCGUAAAACUGUGUCUGUAUCAGCACUGAAUGUUUUGUACAAUAA